CUCUUAUCCGAUUUCCCACACUCCCACCAAAUUGACUCCGGCGAAGGGGCUUAUAUCAGCACAAACCCGCCGGAGCAGACUCGCUCGCCGUGCCCGCCGGUCCUUUCGCAUUCCGCCGGUAAACUUAGUCGCUUCGACAUAGGAAAAUGAACAUCCCGUAUCUAAACAGCAGCGGCGGUCCGUCAGUUGCGUGGAGGAGCUCUUCCAUCGUCUCCGUCCAGCUAGGGUUGUGCUUCUCCAACAAUUUCAACGGAGUUUUAGUUCCUCCUCCUCCUCCUCCCUCUAUACACUACAUCUCCCGCCGGAAUUUGCGAGUUUCAUGCUCCUCCCCAUCUUCCUCCACUGGUACAUCUCCAUUUCCCUUUAUUCAUUCAGAUCCGCUCUUGGUUAAGGCCGCGAGAGGUGAGGCCGUUGUUCGGCCUCCGGCGUGGAUGAUGCGGCAAGCGGGAAGGUACAUGGCUGUUUACAGAAAGCUAGCCGAGAAAUACCCGUCCUUCAGGGAGAGGUCGGAGACAACUGAACUCAUUGUGGAAAUUUCUUUGCAGCCCUGGGAAGCUUUCCGCCCGGACGGUGUGAUUAUUUUCUCUGACAUACUUACGCCGCUGCCGGCAUUUGGUGUGUCUUUUGACAUAGAAGACGUGAGGGGUCCUGUUAUUCAGUCUCCGAUUCGCUCCGAGGAGCAUUUGAAGACCUUGCAUCCCAUUGAACUGGAGAAGCUACAAUUCGUCGGGGACUCGCUUAGGUUACUUCGCAACGAGGUUGAAGGGCAAGCAGCUGUUCUUGGUUUUGUGGGAUCGCCUUGGACGAUUGGUACUUAUAUUGUAGAAGGGGGUACGACUCGCACGUAUACAGCGAUAAAGAGCAUGUGCCAUACGGCACCACAUGUACUGAGGGCUCUCCUCGCUCAUUUGGCGAAGGCGAUAGCUGAUUAUGCUGUUUAUCAAGUCGAGUCCGGGGCUCAUUGCAUUCAGAUAUUUGAUUCUUGGGGCGGACAGCUAUCUCCCGCUAUGUGGGAGAUCUGGUCAAAACCGUAUAUCAAAGAGAUAGUCAGUACAGUCAAGAGCAAAUGUCCUGGCACACCCCUCGUUCUGUACAUUAAUGGAAAUGGUGGCCUGCUCGAACGUAUGAAAGAUACUGGAGUUGAUGUGAUUGGACUUGACUGGACUGUGGAUAUGGCAGAUGGUAGGAAGCGUUUGGGACAUGAAAUCAGUGUACAAGGAAAUGUCGACCCUGCUUACUUGUUCUUACCGCUCCCUGCCAUUACCGAUGAAAUUCACAGAGUGGUGAACUGCGCUGGACCAAGAGGGCACAUUCUGAACCUAGGACAUGGCGUUCUUGUUGGAACGCCUGAAGAAGCCGUCGCACACUUCUUCGAUGUUACUAAAAGCCUGAACUUUUCCGCGCCUGUACAAGAUCGCCAUGUCGUUGCAGCGACCUAGUUAGUGUGUACGAGCUCAAGAUCAUCCCUGCAAACACCCUCUCUUUUGUCUAUAUUUUGGAACAUGCUGUAAUCUAUUGCCUUGCUUCUUUCGGUCUGUCUUCUUCAUUCUCUCUUUAGGCUCUUGCUCAUCCCCCCAUGAAAGCAGUGUUUGUGAAACCGUAUCGGUAGUUCGACCGUAAAAUGCCAUACCGGUACUGGUAGGUGGUUGAACCACGGUUUCAGUACAAAAUACUAUAUCGUUAGCUUUUUCGAUACAAUCUCUGGUAUGAUCAGCGAGCUACUGACCGAGAUAACGACCUGCUUUGUGUAAUUUGCAUCUUUGAUUUUAGUGUUAAUGUAUCUAGUUAUUAUUGACUUUUGGAGUUGAAGCUCCCCAAG